AUGAGCUUGUUAAAGGUGUUAAAUACGUACGCUCGCAGGGUGACACCUGCGAUCGUGUUUACUCGACAUGCAGGAACAAAGAACUCUCUUGCAACUCCACCUCUCAUGAACAUGGUAGACAUGCGUUUCAUGAGAUUGAAGUGGCAUGGAAACCUUAUUAAAGGGCGAUGGUCACAGCGUGUUGUUUUUCGUUGCUCGAAUAAUAAUGUUCAAACGGAAUUCUGUCGAAAUCACAGUUCAAAGAUAAACCCAGAGUCUGAGAGGGAAAAAAGCGGUGACGAACGAGAACAAGGCAAGGUGAACAGAGUGAGAAUGAUGGUGCCCUCGAAAGAAAAACCGUUGAGCCCUGAGAUCAGAAAAACUUCCAAGUUACUUGGUCAAUUUUAUAGUUCACUGGCACAGCGUGAUCUAUCGGGCACCUGGAAGGCAUACAAUGAGCUCGUUCGAGGAUCCGGACUUCGAUACCUUAAUCGAAACGACUACAGACAGAUGAUUGAACUUGUCACGCAGAGUGUAUUAAACAGAUCCGAGAACCUUCACCGCCUAGUGACGCUAAUUGACGACAUGAAGUCGUGUGAAUUUUCCAUGUCGCGGUAUGACUUUCAUGCGAUCAUGUUUUAUAUGGCACGUUCCAGCCAUCGUCUCGGACGAAGGGAUGUGGAAAAAACAUUGUCGGUAUUUUAUACAAUGAAACAAUUGACGAACAUGCGGCCUAACAUCACGACUUACAACAUUAUCCUUGAUAUUGCUAUCAAAUCUUCUCAAUUUGAAAUCGUGCUACGAUUAAUCCACGACAUGACUCAACAAGGCUUGAAACCUGGGGUAAAAAUAUUCACCUCGCUCAUUCACCAAUUUGCGACGAAACAUGAAUUGGUCAAGUUAACGAAAACGCUCGAUUCGAUGUCGAAACUUGGAAUUAACCCGGACUCUCACGUUUGGAACACGGUGAUAUGGGCUUACGCGAGAACCGGAAACCUAAAACAGGCCAUGUCAAUAUAUUUGAAAAUGGCUUCUCGGGCGAGACAAUUAAAAAAGUCCAAACAAAAUGUUGAGUGUACACCCACCCUUCCCACCUAUCACACCCUUUUACCAGCCAACAUAACACAGGAAGAUUGGGAAAGUGUGAGGAACUUGUACGGUGACAUGAAAUUCUUUGAUGUAUAUCCUACGACCGAAAGUUACAAUGUAAUUUUUUGUAAGAUUGUUUCUGUAUUAAAGGGAAAUGAAAGGUCGAAGCCAGGAGAUCAAGACCGCCUGAGUAUCAUCAAAGAUCUCGUGGAUUACAUGUUCGAGGACAUGAAAAAUUGCGGAAAAGUCACGCCCGCUCCAAUAACAUUUAAUUACCUAUUGUACUUAUAUUUGAUGUUAGGCGACUCUAAAAAAGCUUCCGAAAUACUUCAAGUGAUGAGAAACAAUAAUUGGAAGAUUAAUAAAUUACUUUUUAGUGAUUUCACAAAUCCACCCCUGUGA